AUGACGUAUUUGGUGAAGCCGUUUUUUAACAGACAAACGUACAUGCGAUACAGCCCGAAUAAAAUUUUAUUGUUCGAUCUGUUGUAUCGAGGCGAACACGAUACCGACCAAGAAAGCAAACCCGACGAUUUGGCACUGCUUCGAAACGUUACUUUAGCGACAAGAUUGGAAGAAGGCACGUAUCCCAACAUAGACCUGUUGUUUUCGAUAGCACAGCGGGUUUUCAACGUCAAAUGUGUGGAGUCGUUCCAACAGCAAGUGUUGGUAGCAACGGCUCAGCCCGUGUUGUCGGUCGUCGGUUCGUACUUAUGUUUGGUCAAACAAAUGUUUUACACGGGUGACGGAAAACUUCUAGACAUUGCCACUAGAGCCACGUUGUUCGAAGAGAGAAUCAACGAUCUGGGCGAUUUCGUAUUGAACGUUUUCGUCGGUUUCAUACGUUUGGGCCUUUAUCUGGAAAAGGAUUUAGAUUAUUUAAAAAAAACCGCACUGGGACUGGACGACUUAGUCAAGCACAACGAUAAAAAAAACAUGCAGGUUGGUGCAGAAUGGAUCGGUCAAAUAUUUAGGCGUUGUUCCAAUCCAAUGUCGCUUAACUAUCUGACAGAGUUGAAUGAAGAGGAAUUCGUCAACGUCAACUCCGCAGAAAAUUACAACAAUGCGAUAAACACGUUAAUAAUGAAAGCCGGUUUGGUCGGGAAUUACGUGACUACUUUGGACAAAUACAAAAACAUCUAUCAAGAGGUAGUUUUCGAGAACCCGUUCUUUUUUCACGACUACAUGUUUUUGUACAGACCGGAAUGUGACAUCAUAAAAGAUACGAGACAUGGGUAUGACGAAAUUGGGUAUAGCGUACUAAAGGAGAGCAAACCUAAAGUAUAAUGCACCGUCAACCUAGUUUGCUGGAUGGUUAAGUUUAUUUGAAUACACAUUAUAAUAUGUUCAACAGUUAUG